GGAUCAACAAGUGUCCAGCCAAGUCAGACUGUCUCAGAGAUGAGCCGGGGGGACAGUGGCAGGUGCAAUGUUCAUGAAGGCUUUACCUAGAGCAAAGAUGGAGGUGACAGGGCAGGACAUCAGCUUCUCCCUUCAGCACGGCCUGGUCAGGGACACCACCACCGUCAAUGCCUCACAGCUCACUCUCAAGACCCUCAAGGACCGAGCCUGCGACUUCAUCAAUUCUAAGAGGAACCUAUAGGCAAGAAGGACGGAACACCAGUUGUCAAUCCCCCGGAGAGCGGUAUCGGAUUGUACCUAGCAAAGGUUUGGGAGAAUGAGAUUCGCAAGGCCCUGAUGCCUGUGACUCCACAGGCCAGCAGCACACCCACACACCCACAGCAAGUGGGGAUGGACAAGGAGGAGGCCACAUGCAAUGACAUCUCACAAAUCUACCAGAUCUUCCCUGAUGAGGUCUUGGGCUCAGGACAGUUUGGCAUUGUGUAUGGAGGUGUUCACCGCAAAUCAUCAAGAGCUGUGGCCAUCAAGGUAAUUGACAAGCUUCGGUUCCCCACCAAACAGGAAGCUGCCCUGAAAAAUGAGGUGGCUAUCUUGCAGAAUCUUAGUAACCCGGGAGUGGUCAACUUGGAGCGUAUGUUUGAGACGCCUGAGAGAAUCUUCGUUGUGAUGGAGAAACUGAAGGGCGACAUGCUGGAUAUGAUCCUGUCAUCGGAUCAGGGAAAGCUAUCCGAGCGUAUCACAAAGUUCCUAAUCUAUCAGAUUUUGGCUGCUCUGAAACACCUCCACAGCAAGAACAUUGUUCACUGUGAUCUGAAGCCAGAGAAUGUGCUCCUCUCCACAGACAGUGAUUUCCCUCAGGUCAAGCUGUGUGAUUUUGGAUUUGCUCGCAUCAUUGGAGAAAAGUCCUUCAGAAGAUCUGUGGUUGGAACACCAGCAUAUUUAGCUCCUGAGGUCCUGCGCAACAAGGGUUACAACAGGUCCCUGGACAUGUGGUCUGUUGGAGUGAUUACGUAUGUCUCCCUCUCGGGCACCUUCCCCUUCAACGAAGAUGAGGAUAUUAAUGACCAAAUCCAGAAUGCAGCUUUCAUGUACCCACCAAACCCUUGGAAAGAAAUCACACAAGACGCCAUUGAUCUUAUCAACAACCUUUUACAAGUGAAGCAGAGGAAGCGCCUCACAGUGGACAAGUCCUUGGCCCAUGUUUGGUUGCAGGACUACCAGUGCUGGUGUGACCUCCGUGAGCUGGAGAGGAUAGUAGGCAUUCGCUACAUCACUCAUGAGUCGGAUGAUGCGCGGUGGGCAUCCUACAGGAGAGUAGGCUCGUCUCCUAUGUCCCCCUCGCCAGAGGCCACAGAGGAUGUGCUGGCUGCAUAGCUGCAUAAUAGUUAUAGUGAAAAAAAUUGAAAAUAUAUAUAUAUGAAGGCAGUGCCCCAUUCUGUGGACUCUUAAGCUAUGUAAAAUAAAAAAGAAGGUAUUUCCCUCUUUGUUAAGGCUGUAAAAUGGAUCCAGCAGUUGGAAGAUGCAAGGUUGAAGGUUUGAAUGGGCAAUUGGUUUUGUUUAUAAGACGAGGACAAAAUGUAUGUAGAAUAGCUGGUUUAAAUGAUGUGGGAAAGAGUGUAAUGAAGUUGCCUUUUACCUAUUAGCCUGGUUAUUAAAAAAAAGAAAAAAAAAAGAAAAAAGUUAGCUCUGAACAAAGGGGACAGGGUUUAGUAGUUUUUAUGCAUUCUGGAUUAGUUAUGAUUCAAAAGCUUAUGUGUGAAUGACAUAAUGCAGACCAUUAUUGGAUGAAUCCCUAAAUGAGUAUAUUUUUUAAAAUAUGACUAUUGGCUGUACAGUAUGACUCAAGAUCCACUUGAAACUUAUAUUCCAAAUCUACAAUUAAUGUUCAUCAAGUGUAUUUCCUCAUUAAUUUUGCCAUUAAUUUUGGGGUUCUAAUGAGUCCAGUGUAGUCCACUGUGCUUUACGGUUAGUUCAGCGAAACAUACCUUGGGAAGGGUUUGAUCUAGAGCCCAGAUUUUAUUUGUGAACCACAUUUGGUCUUGCUGACUGAAGAGCUCAAAAGGAGGCGUAGAAUAACCUAGCAAAAACAUAUGUAUGUAGGAUAUUUUUCAUGUUUUGUUUUGUUUUUAUUUUUUUAAAGACAUUCAGGUCAGAGUUGUGAAAUAUAUAUAUACAUACAUAUAUAUAUAUAUAUAUAUAUAAAAAAGAAGAUUGCUCAUUAGACAGAGAGGAAAAAUAGAGCAUGAGAUGUUAGUACAUCAUAACCUGCAGUGAAUGAAUGCAGGUGAUGGAAUAUGUGAUGGUGAGAAGCUCAAGACUUGGCAGUUUUCCUUGUCCCAAGUGACCCAGUAAGAAGAAAAUUUAGAAAAACAAGUAAACUGGGAUGAACAGCUGUCUACCUUGCUAAGAAAUAAAUUAUUGUUUCAUAUUGAAGUUAAUCAGUGAGAUCUGCCAAGGAGAGGUUGUCUUGUAUAUUUUUUAGACAUUAUUAUCAGUGUGUCUAAUUAAGAGUAUGUGGAAUUCAGCUGUUUCUUGUGUGCAACUUAAUUUUCUCUCACUCUCAUAAAAUAGAGUAUUGGUAUAUUAUGUGUCAGAGAUCACUAGCAAAACAUAAUGUAGGAAGCACGUGUGUCCUUUUUUAUCUCUGAACAGUUACAUCCUUCUUGAUUUUAAAACACUUCAUAGUUUUUUCCAAGUUAUGAUGUAUAUGUGAUCAUAAAAAUGUAAUUACAAGUUUGAAUGUUUUUCACACUAUUUGUGACUGAAACUUCCAUCUUUUUUGGUGUUAUUCUUUUAAAAUUAAUAGAUUAGUGUCCUGAAGUGGUGAGAAGUUUACAACUUACCAGAAGAGGAUGCAUGAUAGCAAUAUUAUCUCCAGGUCAUUAUUAAUAUUAUUUUUACAUGAACAUAUAUAUAAACAUGCACAAAUGCGUUAACAUAUGCAUUUACAUGUGUAUGGAGACAUCCAUGCACAAAUAAUCAUACAUGAACAUAUAUACACAGGAAUAACAUUUUUUCAUACAGGCAUAUAGUAAUGACCCAUUUAUGAAAAAACUACAGUGUAUCAUUGUAUGUUUCAUUGGCAGCAGGUCUAUUAUAUGAGAGUAUGGUGUAUGAAAUUUGCAUAUGAUAUUUAAAGGUUGGAAUGGAGUAUUUUGACUUUUGCCUAAUUUGAUGUCAUAUUUCCCAGAACAGCAGAUGCUUGUGUGAUACUCAAAACUAAAAGCAGACACUGUUCAUAAACAGAAGAGCUUUGGCAACAAUUUCAUGUCUUAAUAUGCUCAAAUGUUGACACACAUCAUCAAUAAAAUGUGGCACAACUACCAUUCAACAGUAAUUGGUAACAAGAAUUGUUUUGAUUGAUUUCAAAAUGGGGCUUCCAGUACCAUGAUACCUAGCUUUGUCCUGGGUCUGACUGACAGUAUUAAUGCCGUGUGCUGAAUUUGCUGCAAAACAUUCAUAAAGAUAGUUGAGUACCUCUGCAAUUGGUGGUAAUGUAGCAGGAGAAGCAUGUUAAGGUGUUCAAGGAAUGUUAUGAACAGAUUUAUAAUAAUUUCAGUGUUUGACAAUACUUAAGUGUUAUGAAACAAAUAUAAUGACAGCAUAUUAUUAUCGCCAUUGCUCUUUUACAGAGAGCUUAAUAUCAUGAUUUUGAAAGAUAUUCUCUACCUUUGUAAGUUCUAAACAUACAGUAUAGAUACACACAGUUAAACGAACAUGCAAAAUCACACAUGGUAUUCUGUCUUUUUGUUUUUUAUUAUUACUUUUAAAUCUCUCUAUUCCUACUUCUCUUUCCUGCAGUACAUUUACAUAUGCAUAUCAUUUGUAUAUAAUGAAAUUUACUUUCAUAAUAAUAAAAAUUUGAUAUGGUCAUUGUGCUCAAAAAUUGGUUUUGAAAAUGAGCUGUGAAAUUUACACUUGAACCUAAUUUGAAAAGUACGUCAGAAGCCACCUUCAAAUGGUAUGGUUAUUUUUUAUUAUCAACUAAUAAUGAAUUCACAUAAAAGAGAAGUGAUAACCAGAUUUUAAGUGUGUGAUUGAGAAGUAUGAUGUUAAAAGUUGGAGUCUAGAAGAGCACAAAUGGACUUCUCUCUUCCUCCCUUUCUUUAAGGUUAUCAUCUACACAUUAAUGGUUAUCAGUGGUACCAGAUUUUAUUUGCAUAUGCUGUUGCUUUGGUUUAAGAUUAUUUUUUAGAACUGUUUAAUAUUAUAAUUAGGAUGUAAUCCAUGGUUACUCUGCUGCUUCUUGCUUAACUUUGUUGUAGACAUUCCUUUAUUCUUAUGUUGGUUCCAAUGAAAAUUUGUACUUAGUCUUAUUUUUCUUUAUAAAGUUUAAUGUAUGUAAAAUUCAAACAGUUUGAAAGUAAAAUCUCAACAAAAUUUGGGUUGCUUAAUAAAAGUGGUUUUAUAUGGAAA